AGCGGCGGGGGCGUUUCUACUAGAGCGAUAUUCGUCCAUAAAAACAGCUGAAUUGUGAGAUCGCACAAUCAGUAAGGCCUACGGUAGUCAAGGUUGGAUGCAGGAAAGAGAGCGCGCGAGAUAGAUCAUCCCAUCGCCUGCAAUUUUUGCAACUACCAUCCACUUUUUCUAGCUGUUCACAUUUUCUGUUGGUGAAGUCGUUUUAGUUUUGUUAACUUGACUGUGUUAAGAUGAUUGUGGGUGCUCUGGUAUUUGUGUUCCUCAUCAUCCAGGAUGUCUACAGCAUGCCAAAUACUCGAAGAGAGAUUGAAAAGUCAGAAUUGAGCGAACUGCGAAAAAGAAGUGAUGCUCCUCAAUCCCAAAAAACACUUGAUUGUUUUGAUAUGGUCGGCAUUGAAGGGGAGUAUCUAUAUAUACCAACUGACAAUGCGGACAGAACCAUGCUUUGCACAGUUUAUUUCAUAGCAAAUUCUAUGGACGAGUUAGUAGACCUACGAAUAAGAAACAUCGACAUGCCGUGCAACGAAGGAGGAUUACAGAUGUUCGAUGGAUGGAAUCUUGGAGGCGAUGUGUUUCCUUCUGCUGAUGAGCACGACUAUCCUAUGGAAGAUCGACAAUUCGAGACUUGCGGAGAAGAUUCAGAAGGCGUCUUUAUAUCUUCACAAAAUGUGGCAAUGAUAUCAUUUCCAAAUAGUGGCCGCUUUCAACUAUUUUUUCGAGCAAAGAAAAACUCAAGACCUUGCCAUGCGAUUGCACCAGACUCGAGUGGUGAGUACAAUUUACUGAACUACGGAGAAAGACGAAACUGUUCACUUUUUGUCAUCUACCCUGUAAAGAUGAGCGUUAUCCAGAUGUCGGUUGGUGAUCCAACUACGGAAACAAAAUUAAAGUGCUUCAAUGAGCCUGAUCAGUUGCAGUUUCUGGAAGGAAAUGGAUUUGAUCACGCCCUCAUGCAGACAGAGCAAGUACUGUGUGGAUCUACGGAAAUGGUUGAAGUAGAGCAGGAGUACGAGUCUGUUUCGAGGGACACGAGUAAUACUACUUUUGUGUGUAAUCGAGUUGGUCUUUCGAUCCCACUUCAAUGUCAAAGUUCAGCAGUGAGACUCAUCUCAAGUGGUGAAACUGAAAACCAUGUUCGUGUCAAGUUUUCAAAGAUCACGUCAUCAGUUAAUGAAUGCGUUUAAGUUGAGCAAAAAGUUUGCAAAAACGUACCGAUUGGGGGUGGGCUUCAAAUGGCCUUUCGAAUCGAUCUUUGGUCAUAUUCAUUUGUAAAUAUAGUUUGUAUUAAUGUGACCGCAAACUGUAGAUUGUUUUAUAAUAUUGAAUUUACAGAGGAAAGUAUAUAAGCCAAUGUGUAAUUAAAUAAAAUAACUAGUAAAAAUAGAAAGAAACGUGGCAAAUGUAUAUAUAAACAAAUAAGCAGUUAAAUGGCCAAAAUACUACCAAAUUUCAGCUAAUUACUGUGAACUUUUACAUGCGAUAUUUAUCGUAAGGUUACCGUAUGUGUCUACUAAGGUUCGUUGUCCAUUAAUACAAAAUAUGAUAGAUAACGAAUUAAAUUUAAUAAAUUAUUUUGUCAAUGUAUAUAUUUAUGAAGGUAUAUAAGAUUGUAAAGUUAAUGAAAAUUAUACUAAAAUGGGGAAACGUUAUAUUCAAAUUGAAGAACACAUUUUGUGGGAUCUGUCCUUUGACUUUUCCAUCUUCAUAAUAUAUUGUGAAAGGUGCGACCGAAACUGUCAUGUAAGUUUCAAAAAACCUUUAGUCAAUACAUUAAAGAACCUUUCACAGUAUAUUCAACUAAAGACUAGAUGAAAUUCUUCCAAGCAUCUUCAUACUAUUGUAUUACUAUUUUGUCACCAUAUUACAUCAUCGAUGACGUAAUGUAGACCACUGGCUUCACAGUAGAACUAUACCAACGUCAUUCAGCUACAAAAUGUCCGACCAUAGAGAUAUCAUAGCGAUAUACCUUCACUUUCAAAGAUAGUAAACUGAAAUCUACUGGUGAAAAAAUAUAUUUAUUGGCUUAAUUAUAUUCUGCCAACCAAACAAAUCUAGAAAAAAUCUAAGUAAAAAAACAUUUACAUUAUGCUAUCAACUUUUAGUAAGUCAUUGUUUUACAUUGUGAAUUCUUAGCCAUUCCGACCCUCUUAAUGUUAUUGAUCUAGUGCCAGUCGUAGUGGUAAUAAUAAUAGUAAGUAAAUGAACAAAUUUUUGUUACGAUACGAGGCCAGAGAGUGCAGUGGGUGAGUAAUAAAAUUUGUUCAUUUACUUAUUAUUAUAAUUAUUACCACUACGACUGACACUAGAUCAAUAACAAUAAGAGGGUCGGAAUGGCUAAGAAUAAGCAAUGUAAAACAAUGUCGAUAAUGACCCUGAAAAGGCUUAACCAACUCUGUAAUAGCAUGAAAGUAUUUUAGUAAGUCACAGAUCGAAAAUAAAAUCAUGUUCAAUGA